GGAGCUCUGUCAUGUGAUACUUACACUUGACUCUUAUUGCCUUCUGGGUUAUUAUUUCUUCGUAUUACGUCUGGGGUUAUUGCCAUCAAAUAGGAGGGAAUCAUUAGUUGUCGUCGACUCAUCUUUGAGUUAAGAUGAUCAAUAGAACCUUGUGCUUGGUCCUUGGAUCCUUCUGGUUUGGCGUUGCUUUGGGCGCCGAUUACAAUUGUUCCGCGGGGAUUGGAAAGUUCAAAGGGAAAUGUUACAACUGUCCAUACAACGCCUUUGAAUGCAACAGAGCGGGACCAUCGGUCAUCUUCACCAAUGGAGUCAUUUACACGGCCGACAACACAGAUCCCAACUGGCACAUUAAUCCCAAGGAGUCCAUGGUGGUGAAGAACGGAAAGAUUGUCUUUGUUGGCACUGAAGAUCAAGCUCUGCAACAGAUAGUCGUUGGUGAAACUCGAGUAGUUGACUUGGGAGGGAAAACCGUUUUGCCUGGAUUCCAUGAUCCCCAUAUGCACCCCCUUGAGGCCAACCAUAAGGCCGCUGGAACUUGCGAAUUGCAACGGGAUACCAAGCCUGAGGACCAAUUGCAUGUGUUUGAAGAGGGUUGUUUUCACAAUCAAAAGGGCACAAAUUGGACAUUAGGUUGGGGACAUUCUGUUUAUACGUUGCUCGAAUACGUGGCUGAUAAUCCGGGCAAAAAUCCCAAGGAUCUUUUGGACCCCUUAAUCGUAGACGAUCUAGGAAAUGCUAUCCCUGCCGUCAUGAUGGAGUUCACGUCGCAUUCCGUUUGGGUCAACUCCAAAGCUUUGGAAUUGGCUGGCGUGACCAAAGAUACCAAGAACGAAAAUGGAAAUAUCUACAUGAAAAACCCGAACACCGGAGAACCGAAUGGGAUUGUUCUUGAAAAUGCUGGCAUUGAAAUGUUUGAAAAGGCCCUGGAUCCAAAAAUGUAUCCGAAUUUGCGACAAAUGAACUAUGAUGCUGCUCUGGCUUCACUUUUCGUUUUGGCCAAACAUGGAAUCACAUCAGCCGUGGAUGCCAGAAACUAUUGGAAACGAGAGCACGACAAGGCCUGGGAAAAAGUGGAGGCCGAGGGUAAACUCACCGCCAAGAUGAUCUUGAGUAUGUGGGCCUAUCCGGCCAUGAAUGACACGGAGCAGAUUGCCAAGCUCAAAAGCUUCUUCCAAAGGAACCCAGCCAAGCGGCUGAAAAAGUCUCAAAUCAAAGUCUACAUGGACGGCAUCCUUCCCACUAGAACAGCCAAAGUUUUGGAGCCAUAUGUGAGGAAAGAUCCCGAUCUCCAAAUUGGAGAUCACGGCAUGAACUAUUUCACAGAGAAUCGCUUAUUUGAGUACUUGUCUCAACUGCAAAAUUUGAACGGAGGCGAGGGAUACGAUUUCAUCAUCCAUCAAGUGGGAGAUGGUGCUGGGCGAGAGGCUCUCAAUGCCAUUGAAGAUGCCAAACCUGAUGCCACCGUUGAAACCCGCCACAAGUUGACCCAUGUCGAGCUUUUGAAUACGAAAGACAUUCCACGGUUCAAGACUUUGGGAGUCAUUGCUGAUGGACAAGUUGCCGGGACUUUCACUAUGCCAGGUUCACCCGGUCACAAGGAACUAGAAAGCUUUGUGGGUAAGGCCAAGGCUCAUGACACGAUUCCAUUAAAGAGUUUGGUGGAUUCCGGAGCCAAAGUCACCAUGAGUAGCGAUUACGACGUCUCAGAUGUGAACCCAUUUAACGGUUUGGCCAAUGCCCUCCAACGAUCCGAUCAAUCCAUUGACUU